AAUAGCUGCAGCUGUCGGAGAGCGCGGGAGCCUUCGGAGCAGGGCCUCAGAGAAGCGGGCAAUGGCGCUGGUUCUCUGAAGAGAGUGCUUUACCUCAGGAAGGGCCACGCGCGGCCGGGCAGAGGGAGUCCCGUGGCGGCCGAGAUGGCCUGCUGUCACAAAGUGAUGCUGCUGGUGGACACAGCGGGCGUCUCUGCUCCUCAUAGCCCGGCCCGACGCGCCGCCCUCCGGCUCCUCACUUACCUGAGCUGCCGCUUCGGCCUUGCCAGGGUCCACUGGACCUUCAAGUUCUUCGACUCUCAGGGGGCACGGAGCCGGCCCUCCCGCGUGUCCGACUUCCGCGAGCUGGGGAGCCGCUCCUGGGAGGACUUCGAGGAGGAGCUGGAGGCCAGGCUGGGGGAUCGCCCUCCCGGAGCUCACCUGCCGGGCCCGACGCCCAGAGCCACCCACACGCACGGUGCCCUGAUGGAGACGCUGCUCGACUACCAGUGGGACCGGCCGGAGAUCACGUCGCCCACCAAGCCGAUCCUGCGGAGUAGCGGCAGGAGGCUGCUGGACGCCGACGGCGAGGCCAGGGAGGCCCAGGCCGCGCUCGGGGGCUUUGGGAACGCCGUCUUCCUCCUGGCGCCCUGUCCUCACUCGCAGAGGGAGCUGCUUCAGUUCGUGUCCGGGUGCGAGGCACAGGCUCAACGCGUGCCGCUCACCCCCAAGCAGGUGAUGGAGAAGGUGUUGCCCAAGAGAGUCCAAGAGGUUAUGAUCGCCCGAAAUAUCACCUUGUACUGGGUGGACACCACCGAGCGAUCUAAGUUGUGGGCUUCCCCAGACCAUGUUGGAUACUGGACAGUGUGUGAGCUGCUACACCAUGGAGGAGGUACCAUCUUGCCAGCUGAAACUUGGAGCCUGGGAUUUACUAAAGCCAGGGAAACAGUGCUGCCAUGUGGUGGCGAGCUGUCACACAAACCUCACCCCUCCCCGUGGAUCUCAGCUCUGCCAAUAGAUGCCACUGUAAACUGUUUGCUGUAUAAUUCUGAGUAUGAAGCCUCAUUUCCACGAAUUGAAGGAACAUUAUUUCUCCCUGUUCAAGGCAAAGAAAUUGAAGAAACAUGGGCAAUCUCCCUGGAGCCUUUAGCCAUGCAUCAGAGACAUUUUCAAAAGCCAGUCAGAAUUGUCCUAAGAGGCUCAGUGGCACAGUGGUCUCUCCCAGUGAGUAGUGCUUUAGGCACUGACAGUUGGAUGCUACAAAGUCCAGAGGAACACAGGUCAACUCAAAGGCUGUUGUUUCAGGAGCUGGUAAGCAGGCUGACUGCUGAAGAAUUCCAUCUGGUUGCCAGUGUGGAUCCUGGUGAAGGCUGGCCCCCCAUAACGGGAAUUAUUUCCCCAUUCUCUGCCAAUGCCAUGAUUCUCACAGUGUUCCGAGCCAAAGAAGCUGAAUUUCAAAGCCAUUUUCUCCAAACAGCUGCGACUGAAGGUUCCCAGGAUACAGCUUCCCUUUUCUCAGAUGUUGUAGAUAGUGUCCUGAAUCAGAGUCAUAAUUUAUUUGAAGACCCUGCGUCUUCUGCCCCCUGUGUUCCAGAGUGGGUCCAGCAGGAGCUUAGUCAUACCAGCUCCUGGAGUCCAGCUCUUGUCGAAAAGUGGUUUCCUUUCUCCAACGCCAGUGGUGCUACUUCAGACUUGAUGGAAUCAUUUUGGUUGUUACACGCUGCCUCACCUGAUAAUGAUGAAUCCUCCAAAACCGAAAGUGAACUAACACGCUGCCUCUCUGAGCUCUACCAGAGAUCUCACGAAGAAUCUACUGUAGUCAAUCAAGAACGCAGCAGAAAGAAACGUGGUAUCCCUCGAACUCCAGUGAGACAGAAGAUGAAUACCAUGUCCCGCUCCUUGAAGAUGUUGAAUGUGGCAAGGCUAAAUGUAAAGGCUCAGAAAUUACAUCCAGAUGGUAGUCCAGACACGGCUGUAGAGAAAGGGCUCCAGAAAGCUGUCAUUGGCAGAACAGCAGACAAAUUGGAAGAUAGAGGAAGGAUAUUAAGAAGUUCUAAACUUAAAGAAUUUAAAACCGAGGAGGAGCUUCUGGCUUACAUACAUGACAACUACCAAAAGGCUGUGGCUACGGAAGAAAUCACAUUGUAUUCAUGUGCACAAAAUAUGGUCUCAACCAUUAAAAUGUUCCUAAAAUCAAAGGACAUCAAGGAAUUAGAAGUGGCCUGCCUGAGUCAUGUGAACAGUAACCUCUUAAAAACCAGCAAGACCCUUAGACAGAACCUAGCCGGAAAGAUGGAUACAGAGGACAAAGUCGGAGAGUGCCAGCUUCAGGUAUUUCUUCGUCUGGAGAUGUGUGAGCAGUGCCCCUCAGUCCUGGACCGCCCAGAUGAGGUGGAGCGCAUAGUGGAGGAGGUGACAGAUUUGCUGCGUCUGGUGUGUCUCACUAAGGACUCAGCGUACCUGUCAGAGUUUCUGGAGGAGAUCUUGAGAUUGUAUAUUGGCUCCAUCCCCGGGACAAUUGGACAACUCUACCACAGCCUGGGGUUAAAAAUUCCUCAGAAGCUGGCUGGAGUCCUUCCUACAGGGUUUUUCAGUGAUGAUUCUAUGUCUCAAGAGAGCAUGUCACCACCUCCCUCAUCAAGUACUCACAGAUCAGUGUCGGCCAUUACUGAGUCUGAGCAGCUGGAGGAGCUUCGGACCAGAUCAGCCAAGAAGAGAAGGAAAAAUGCACUAAUAAGACAUAAAAGUAUUGCAGAGAUUUCCCAGACUCUUCGACAAAUUGAAGUUCCCAAAGUGUCCAAGAGAGCUACAAGAAAUGAGAACUCCCACUCUGCUUCCAUACAGCUGCCAGUCCCGAGGAAAGACACAAUACAGGAAGUAACAAAAGUUCGAAGAAACCUCUUCAACCAGGAAAUGCUUUCUCCUUCAAAGAGGGGGCUAAAGAAGGGGCUGCCUCGCAGCCAUUCUGUAUCUGCUUUGGAAUGUCUCCACCAUAAACAGGACAAGUUCAAGAAGACCAAAAGCAGCACAUUUCAGGGUUAUUGCAAACUGCUGACUAAGAGUGUGGCUGAGACCCCAGUCCACAAGCAAAUCUCCAGGAGGCUGCUCCAUAGACAAAUCAAGGGCAGGUCUUCUGAUCCUGGUCCUGAUAUUCAUGUAGUUGAAGAGUCUCCUGAAAAAGAGGAUGAAAUGACUUUGAGAAGAAGUCCUCGAAUCAAGCAGCUGUCAUUUAGCAGAACGAACUCUGGCUCCUUCUAUUCUGUAUCUCAGCCGAAAUCUCGAAGUGUGCAAAGAAUCCACUCGUCCCAGCAGGAGUCAGAACAAAGAGAAAAUUUUCCAGUUCAAAGUAUUCAGUCUCCUAAAACACUUCUUUUUGGGGCAUUGUCUGAGAUUCCCAGCUCCUCUAAGAAGGGUUCAGCCCAAAUUAAGAGAUCCUUAAGAAGCAUGUUGGAUUCUGAGAUAUCUACAUCUUACGAGACUCCCAAAAAGAGUAACCAGAAAUCUCCAAGCUUUUCUAAAACUACACCAAGAAGAUUCCCUCGUACAGCACAGACCUUACUAUACACUCCAGAAAGACUACAAAACUCCCCUACAGAAAUGACAUCAGCUGAAGGGACCAUUUCUGAAGCAACCAUAAAAACCCCCUCCUCACACGGUUACAACUCACCAUUUGCAUCAAAAGUCACUUCUCAAAAGACAGUCUCCCCAGCAAAAGAAGAGACCUCUCCUCCCCUCACAAAGCUACCCAGCACACCCAGAGAGUCUGAUGUCCAGCCACCUCAAUGUUCGUCAGACUGCACAUGGCCACACUCAGUGAAUUCCAGUCCAGAAGGUCCUUAUUACCCAGCGUCCCCACCUCCUAUGGCUGGCCAGGCCAGGAGUCAGUGUCUGACCCCUAUAAGAUACUCCUUCAGAACCCCUCCACGUACAGCCCUUGCUGGCACGUCUAAGCAGCAGGAGCACCAAGAGCUCCCUCUCCCCAGGGCCUCUCAGACACAAGAACCUCCACAGGGACUGGAGAAGAAAGCUCUCAAAAUCCCAAAGAAACCAGCACACACAAGUACUUCACCUCUUUCUCCAGAGGAACAUUAUUCUGGAUGUGAUGUCUCCCCACAUCAACCUAGGAACUCUUUGUCAGCCUCCCCUCCUCCUGGAGAACUGAAUUGGAAAGAACACCAGACAUCACCCAGUGUAACUUCAUCUGUCUCUUGUCCUGUUCCUUCAACUCCUCCUAGAACCCCACAGAGAAUGACCUGCCCCAUACCACCUUCUCCACCAUCCAAGCUUCGGAGAUCAUGUAGAAAGAAGUCCUGUCCUCCUCAGGACUUCCCAGAGUGCCAUCCUGGACCCUCUGCUGCUCCCGUGCUUAGCUCAGCCACCAGCCCAGGAGCUGUCACAGGCUCUAGAGAGGAGCAGUCUCAGUUUUCUGAAGGACAGAGUUACCUAGGCACUGGUUUCAGAAGUGACUGUCAUGUGUCCUCUCCUGUGCUCACUGCAAGUGACACAAAGUGCUUGCCACUGAUUGAUGAAGCCCAACUCCAUGGGCUUAAAAACCAAGAGGUAAAAAGUGGCAUCUUGCCAGGGGAAGAAGGUGAGGAACCAGAGAGCACUAUUGCCGACGAGCUUCCCUCUGUGUCUGACCCUGGGAUUCUUGUACCUGCGCCUUCCUCUGUGUCUAGCUCCUCUGAGCUGCUGCCCUACCCCCUGUGCUGUACAGCAGACGGAAAGCAGAGGCAAGAUGCUGCUCAGCAGGGGAGUCCACGAGCUUCCGAGGCCACCAGCAGCCCUCAGACCUACGAAGUUGAGCUGGAGAUGCAAGCUUCUGGCCUUCCCAAGCUCCGGAUUAAAAAAAUAGACCCUGGAGUUCUUUUGGAAGCUGAGGCCCUAGGAAAGGAAGCCCCCCUGGGAGAGGAGGGUGCCCUCCCUGCUCUCUGUAUGCCCAAGGCCAGCAAGUCCUCCGGGAGAACUGAGCACCCUUACUUGUCACCCCCUUGUCUCCGCCCCUCACACAGCACACCUGGCAAGAAUGGAGGUCAAACCUUCAUCUGCCAAUCUUGUACUCCCUCUCGCUGUCCCCCCAGUACCCCCUCUCCAUUUCAAGCAGAUGCUGGGGUUUCUUGGACACCAUCCCCUAAGCAAAGUGGGAAGACCACUCCUGAAAUUAUCAAAGACUGGCCCCGCAGGAAGAGGGCAGUGGAUUGCAGUGCUGGACCCUCUGCUGGGAGAGGCGAGGCCAGUAUGGACCUUCCUGGGUCCUUGUCACUGCUUGAGCCUGAGCCUGAGGGAAAGGAGCGAAGCCUUGAACAAGACCUCUCUAAGGUUCUCAUCUCAGAGGAGUUUGAACUAGAGGGGGUGUGUCAGUUGCCAGACCAGUCACCUCCCAAAGACAGUGCCUCUGUGACAGAGGAAACCUCCUGGGGACAGUUUGGAUUAGGCAGAAAGAGAUUCCUGUCCGCCAAGGAAGAAUCUGAAUACAAAGUCAAAAGGGUCUGUGAUUCCCUGAGUGAGGAUCCCCAAGCUAGCAAGCAGAAAGAGUGCUCUCCACGCUGGAGUGCACUACCACUCCACUCAGUAGGGGACGACGAGGUGUUUGUUUCUGGCUCCACCCCACCCUCUGGUUGCAUGGUUCGAAGCUGUCUCUCUGCCAGUGGUCUGCAGGCCUUGACCCAGUCUCCACUGCUGUUCCAAGGAAGAACGCCCUCCUCUCAUAGCACGGACACCAGAGAUGAGGAAGUGGAUGUGUUCCCCUCUACUGCUGAAGAGUCUCCGUUCAGCCACACCCUCUCCCGGAAACGGCCUUUCAGAACCUACACGAGAAAGAAGCUUAUUAGCUAGCCCUGCUUGAGCAUUGCGCUGGAGGACUCAAAAUGAGGAACGCUGUGAGCCUGGCUAGACCCCUUGCACUCAGGAGAUGUACUCUAGAGCAGCUUUCUCUGGGUACAGUAACAAUGCCAGACUCAUGCCAGCAAUCUAGCAUUGUGCCCAGAACACGAGUGGCCAGGACUUCAUGGGACUGAGAAAGUUCACAAGUAAAGAUGACAGCAGCAAAGUCCCUGUGGACUUAAAGAAAUUGAAGAUUCUGCAGGGUAUGGUAGUAAGCCUAUAGUCCUAGCACUUGGGAGACGGAGACAGAAGAUUCUGACUACAUAGCAUGUACAAGGGCAGCCUGGGCUACAUGAGACCCUGUCUCAAAAACAACAAAAGACAUUAAAGACCUUAAGCCUUUUUCCCAUGGUCAUCUGAAGAUUACCACUGGAAUGCCUCAUGGUCUGAAAAUUCCUCUCUAGGUCUUCAUAUGAGGCCAGGCCCUGACUCUUUAGGGGGAAGGUUGGAAGUCUGGUGGGCAGCUAGUACUAUAUAUAACUCAGACAGCCCAAAGAUCCCAUUCCAGAUCUUGGUAAUUCAGAGGACUACUGCCACACUGUGAAAUGGAAAAAAAGGAGGUGUUUACCAAGCCUUUUCUCUGGGUACAGUAACAAUGCCAGAGUUCUUUUACACAAUUGGUACUUCAUAAAGUAAGACCCAUAAGUGAAAGACGUCAGCAAGAAGCAAGCUAACAAUAAAGUCAUCCUGGCAACUUAGCAUUUGGCAUUUCUGCCUGGGAGUAACUGGCUAUGGUCCAGAGCAAUCAUACUGCAGGGUCUACCCUGAAAAGCAGCCACCGCAUGACAGUCUUAGCCAGGUAUGUGCUUGACACCUGUGUUGCCCUAUAAUCAACCUAACCAACUUGCUAUGGAGUGUUGGCAGGAGCCUCAUUUGCAGUGAGGGCUGAUUUGGAACCUUCUCAGUCUCCCCAGAAGAUUCAACCCUGUUGUGGUCCCAGGGCUCUUUCUGUUGUCAGAUGCCAGGUGAAAACUCCCAUGUCUCCUUUCAGAGAAAGAAAAGGCAGCCCUGGAAUGCUUGCAUGGGUUCAAUUGCCAGUAACACUGAUGAGUAGAGAAGGAAGGGUUUCAAGCUGGCUCUAACUAAGUUCAUAGUUAUUUGUCCUGAGUUGGGAGCCUGUGCACAGGCAGUAGGAGGGGAGAGGCAGGACUCCAAUAUGCCCUUCAAGGAUACUCUCCAAUAACCUCACCACCACCACACCCCAGCUCUGAUAGGCUCCACUGCCUCUCAGCUGAGGACCAGCCUUCAGGAAUUCUUGGGGGACAUAUUUAAGAUGUAAGCCAUAAUGAGAUUACUCCUGUUUAUUAUUAAAUGGUAUUUUUUAAAAAUUCUAAAAA